AGGAGAUGCACGCCACUGUCGCAAUAAAGUCCAGGAGUUCCACUGUGAGCUGGACUUUGUACUGGGCACGUGUGCCUCAGGAACUGGAGUAUUUUGACUGUCGAACCUUAAACAGAUGGUGCUCCUUGAUGUUUUAAUAAUAGGGGGAGGGCCUCAUGCUUUGACCCUGGCCACUUUGUUGUCCAAUCCCAACCCUGAUACAAACUCACACUCCACAUCUGAGUCAGACCUCUCACUUCCCCUCGCAGCUCAGUCAGAUUUGCAAACAUCCAUCAACAAACCCAACAAGAGCAAGAAGAAGAGGAGAGUACCUGGAGCCAUAAGUCUGAGACAGGACGAGCAGCUACCAAAGUCAAUAAUACCAGAGGGGGUUUAUUGCCCCCCGCCAAGUCUCAGGGUAGUGGAUUCCUAUGGAGAGUGGGCUGUUCUGUGGGAAAGUCAGUUCACAGCGUUGAACAUCCCUCACCUGCGCUCACAUGUUUUGGUCCACACUGACCCUUUCAACAAGACAUCACUGCAGGACUUCGUUGUAAAGACCAGUCGUUCAGCAGAGCUUCACAGUCUCCCAGAACAGGUUUAUAUUCUGGAUGAAAAUGCGUUCUUCAAUGACAUGAGACUUGGCAAAAAAGAGAAGAAACGUCUGAAUGUCACCUCGACUCUGAAGAAGAGUAUUCCUUUCAGUCUUCCGGGAACAAAACUAAGUGUGGAUUUCUUUAAACAUCAGGUGGAGCGGUACAGCUUAGACAAAGUGCUGGUUAAGGGAACAGUGGAGCGCAUCAUACCUGUGACUGAGGAGAAUGAAGAGAAUGAAGAGGAGAGUGACGCAGAAGAUGAAGUCACGGGUGUGAGGAGGAAAGAGAAUGGGCCGAGGAAAAGGGUGAAACAUUUUCAAGUCCAACUUCAAGAGGGCAACAUGAUAAAAGCACGCCGAGUUGUUAUGGCAACAGGUCCAACUCGUGCCCAGAUGGCAAAUAUCCCUUUGUGGGUAUCGAGUAUUGGAGAGAGCUACCCUGAGGGGCGUUUACAACACACGGUGCACCUCAUGCAUCACCUGCCAAGAGCUUAUCAACACCAAGGAACAGAGGAUCAAAGACAGAGGGAUGAUCUUCCACCGCAAGUGUGUGAAGCCGGGCAGAGAGUUAUGGUAGUUGGUGGAGGUCUGACCAGCGCUCACGUUGUCUCCAUUGCCCUGCAGCAAGGUGCAAGUCAUGUGACGUGGGUCAUGAGGAAGCAUCUCCAGCUAAAACAGUUCGAUGUGGGCGAUGUGGAGAGCCUGGUGGGGCGGUAUUCUCAUGUAGAGCAUGGCAUCAAGAUGGACGGCCAAGCCUACCUACGACAGUUCUAUAAUGAAAGGAGUCUCCACAAACGACUGGUUAUGAUUCACCAGGCAAGGAAAGGUGGAGCCGUCACACCAGAGGCCUAUAUUCACCUCCAGCCCUUCAUACUGAACGGUCAGGUGGAUGUUAAGACAUACUGUCAGGUGAGUGAAGCCAGCUGGAGCUACAGGAACCAGGAGUGGAGUGUUUCCCUCAGCUCCGGGGACCGCUGGACUGGAGAUAUGAUAUGGCUGGCAACUGGAUGUAAACUGGACGUCAAACAGGAUCCACUGCUUUCAGAGGUGAUGAGGGAGUUCCCCAUUCAGGUGAUCGAUGGGUGGCCGUGCAUAUCGGAAAGUUUACAGUGGGCAGAAGGCUGUCCGCUAUAUUUAAUGGGGCAGUACACGGCACUUCAGAUUGGGCCUCAUGCAGUGAAUCUGGCCGGCGGACAAGCAGCCAGCAAGAGAAUUGCCAAGGACAUAACGCACAAGCAACAACAGGAAAAAGCACAGACAUCUGGUUUGAAUGGAGAGACAUGUGAGAAAUCUACGACUCAGGAAUACAUCCAACAAAUGCACGGCUUAUUAUGGCUAUAAUGCUGACCUUUCUUCACUUUUUUCAAGUAGCUCUAAGUGUGAGACUGUCUAGUUGGGACUUGAAGGGCUUAUUAUUGUUAAAUACUGCUUAUAAUUUCAUAUUUAAAACUUCUGAUGAACAUAUUUAUGUAAAUUUCCUUGUGUUAAUGUGAUGAGUGAACACUGAAAACAAUUAUUUGUUAAUGUCUUUGUUUUUUUCCAUUCUGACAUUAGAACCAGUGUAAGGCAGACGUCAAAACAUUGUGCAGAUUCUCAUGAUUUUUCCUUUCUGUGAAUUUCAAACACAAAAUUCAAGUUUGCAUUGACGCUUUUGUGUGUCUGUAUGUGGUGUGAAACUCUGGGACAGUCCGGACAUCCAACACAGGCAAUGCCAAAAUAUCCACCGAUUUAAACUGCUAUACAAAAAUAUGGUCUG